AUGGGUAAUAAGUAAUCAAACUCUGAUCUAUUCAAUAAAAAUUAGCCAAGGAAUGUAUUUUCUUUAUACGGUCCAAAAGCGUCCACAGUUUCUUCGCCUUCGUAGUCUUUACAAUCAUCAAUGUUAAAUGAUAAUUCCUUUUGCGAACUUGAUAAAGAAAAAUAAAAAUUAAGACUUUCAAGGGCUCAUAGAAAUACAAGGUAAGAUGGAUUCUAGGUAAAUAAAAAUCCUGAAUCAAUAGUGAAAUCAGUAAACUUUAUAACUAAAUACAUCCAUCUAGUGUAAACCUUGAACGUUGAUGCAAAUAUAUUAGAAGAAUCAUUUUUAAAGUAUGAGUUAGCUACAAUUUUCGAGGAGUUAAAUUCCUAAUAAAAUAAUCAAGAAAUCUAAAAUAUAGAGCAAAAUUAAGUUUAAAAUAGAAAUGAGCAUUUAAAUAGCUAUGAAAACGAAGACUAUUCAAUGGAGUAGUAGUCUCCAUCAUAAAUUUACAUUUAAAAGAAAAAUAAAGAGCCCUCAAUUAAAGUUUAAGAUGAAAUAAAUAAUUAAGAUAUACAAGAAGGAAAAGUAAGACCUACAGCCUAUUUUGGAUGGAUAGCUCAAUAAGAAUCUAAUUAGAAUCAAUAAGAAAUGCCAGAACUAAAAAAAAAGGACACAUUUGGUGAAUUAAGUGGUGGAAUAUAGAUUACUAACUAGUAGAGCUUUGAAGAUCCUGAUUUUGCAGCUGCUCCUUGUAGAUAAACAGCUUUUUUUGGAGAUCUUGAAAGAUAAUCGCAAUUAAAAGGAUUUUACAAGCAACUUGCUUCAAGAUAUUAACCACACGAUGAAUUAUUUUAAGAUAUUUAGUCAUAAUAAUAAAAAGAAGUUAAAGAAGAAGAUGAUGAAGAAGAUAAUAGUGAUGAAGAAAAUAAUAUAAAUAAUAAUAAAUAUAGAAAAGAUCCUUUAAAUAGCUAAAAUGUAACUGUAUAAAAAAUGCAGCAAUAACCUCAGCACACAGAUAGUGAUGAUAAUGAUGAACCUGUCCACAUAACAAUAGAUUUAUCUGCAAAGAAAAAGAAAGGGAGAUCUUAAUUAGCAAAUUAAAACAAACCUCUUGUUAUUAACAUAUAGUCAGAUAAGCUUAAAUAAAAGGAGUAAAAUUCUACUUCUAAAAGCCCUAAAAGCGACAUACAAACUAAAAACAAGCCAACAUGGAAACCUACUUCACCUCACUUGAUAUCCUCCAACGGAUCUAAUUCAGAUAAAAAUUCUAAUAAAAAUGAUACCAAACAAAAUGAAAAAUCACCAAUUAAAAUAGAUAGUAGAAAAAAAUCAGCUUCAUUUGUUGUGAUUAAUAAGCAAGAAAAAAUGCAAAGAGAAAAAAAUAAAAGUUAAGACUUUUAAAAAGACAUAUUGACUAUUGAUAAUAAAAUAGAAAAAUUAAAUAAUGAUAUAGAAGUUUUAGAUCUUAUAAAAAAAGAUAUUGCAAAAGUAUAAAAUAAGAUAAUUAGAGACAUGUCACCAAGCUACAGAUAGAACUAAAAUUAAUAAAAGUGA